GACCCGGCGGACACGCACCUGCGCAUCCUGGGCAAGCCGGUGAUGGAGCGCUGGGAGACCCCCUAUAUGCACUCGCUGGCCGCCGCCGCCGCCUCCAGAGGGGGCCGGGUCCUGGAGGUGGGCUUUGGCAUGGCCAUCGCAGCGUCGAAGGUGCAGGAGGCGCCCAUUGAUGAGCACUGGAUCAUCGAGUGUAAUGACGGCGUCUUCCAGCGGCUCCAGGACUGGGCCCCGCGGCAGACACACAAGGUCGUCCCCUUGAAAGGCCUGUGGGAGGAUGUGGCGCCCACCCUGCCUGACGGUCACUUUGAUGGGAUCCUGUACGACACGUACCCACUCUCGGAGGAAACCUGGCACACACACCAGUUCAACUUCAUCAAGAACCACGCCUUUCGUCUGCUAAAGCCGGGGGGUGUCCUCACCUACUGCAACCUCACCUCCUGGGGGGAGCUGAUGAAGUCCAAGUACUCAGACAUCACCACCAUGUUUGAGGAGACACAGGUGCCUGCGCUGCUGGAGGCCGGCUUCCGGAGGGAGAACAUCCGUACCGAGGUGAUGGCGCUGGUCCCACCGGCCGACUGCCGCUACUACGCCUUCCCGCAGAUGAUCACGCCCCUGGUCACCAAGGGAUGAGCCCCCACCCCGGCCCGGGCACACCUGUGCCCUCCUCCGUGCCUUCCUGGCCGGGAGUCUAGGCUCUCCCGCCAGCCCCGGGCUGAUCCCAGCUGUGUCACCAGCAGCUUUCCCAGCUUCUCUGUGAGGGGUCACAC